CCCCCCUCCAUAUUAAAAUGGGCGGUCUGGAAAGGUUCGGUAAAAUCCUUCAGUCGCUCGUGUCGGCGAAUUGCAAGCAGUGUGCAGCUCGCGAUUCCUUACGUGUUCACAGCGCGUCUUUCAGAACGAACGAACACGCGCACGCAGUGCGAGUGCAACAAAAAGGGAGACGCGUGCAGAAGAGCUCGAGCGCAAUCAUGGGAAAAGUUCAAGGCGGGAUGAAAUGCGUCAAAUAUCUUCUCUUUAUUUUCAACUUCAUAUUCUGGCUGGUGGGAUCCUUGGUACUGGCCGUGGGUCUGUGGCUGAGGUUCGACCAAAAAACGGUAUGGCUGCUGAACGAUGAUGCUCCAGACACCUUUUUCAUCGGUGUGUACAUUCUGAUCGGCGCCGGGGGGCUCAUGAUGCUCGUGGGCUUCUUUGGGUGCUGCGGCGCGGUCCGGGAAUCGCAGUGCCUUCUUGGAUUGUUCUUUGCUUGCCUAGUGGUCAUCUUUGGGGCAGAGGUUGCUGCUGGUGUCUUUGGGUUCCUGAACAAAGAGAAGAUAAUUGGUGAGAUCCAGAACUUUUACAUGGAGACCGUUAAGGAGAACAAGAACAACACGGUCAUAAAAUCUUUCCACGAUGUGCUCAACUGCUGCAAUGCAUCUUCACGGGACUCCUCUUCCUGCCUCAGUGAUCAGUCAAAUAUUGAGAAAUGCAAAGGAGCCAUCAAGGAGUUCUUUAAUGGGAAGCUCUACAUCAUCGGCUAUGUUGGGAUUGGCAUCGCAGGGGUCAUGGUCAUUGGUAUGAUCUUCAGCAUGGUCCUGUGCUGUGCAAUACGGAACAGCCGGGAGGUGAUCUAGACCCCCCUCCAACACAGAUACACACAAUGUCCGCAACCCCUGUACCUCCUCCUCUUCCUCCCCACCUUUCCCGUACCCCUUCGAACUCCAAAACCUCUGAGAAAGCCAGCGGAGCCAGGUUGGUCUGGCAGAAGUGGCCAAGGAUCUCUAGGCACAAAAGUUCUGGGAUUCUCUAAACACUGAUGCUAGAGGCUCCCUUCACCUCUUAUUUCAGGCCAGACCAAAAGGAAGGUUUAAUGUGACCUUGCGAGUGCUGGCGUUCCAUAUCAUCCCACCUACAAAUGUUUACAAUAGCAAUAGGCGAAACUGUCACGGUUCGAUAGUUGCUUUUAACUGUUAACUUGCCCAUAGCUAAUGCUUACCAUGGUGUGGCUGGUUCCUGUUUCCUUGGAGGUGGCUGUGUUUGAAAUGUUUAUUUUGAGUAGGUUUUGCAGGUCUGAGGCUUGUAGGGUACGCAGAGGGCUGGACAACACAGCUGAGUGGAGAAGCACACACACACCAGUGUGUUGGCACUUUCUGAUUACAUGUUGCAUUCCUAUGGCAGAAUGUUCAGAUCUAGUUUGUUCUGUCUAGAAACGGUUGGGAAUCCAUGCCUGCUGCUCUGUGCAAGUUGUGUAGAAUAUUCUCUUAGAGCCCCCACCUGCUGAGUUCUCCAGACAGGACAAAAAGGCAUGGACUGGUAACAGCUGCACACUCCAACCAAAUGGGCCAAAGCUGAGAAUGCCAGUUCAGCAGACGGAUACAGAGCGAGCUGUGUCUGUGCUUCCGUGUGAUUCAGGAGGACACAUUCCCAGCACGUAGCAGGUCUGCUGCUUAGCCUUCCAGUCCUGUUUGCCACACCCAGAGUCAAGGCAGAGGUCUCUGGUGUUCCUGUGAGCAAAGCUUCCCUGUGCCUUUUCACUGGAACGCUCACAGCUGGUUUCAGUCCUUUACCCUUUCUCUUCUUCCCUGCCUCGAUUUGUACACUUCUGCAAAUUGUCUUCAAAUGAUUUGUGCUUUGGUGUAGCUGCAAUGUUUUGUUUAGUUGUGUAUAUUUUAGACAGCCAGUGCUCGGUGUUGACUCUGUUGUUAAUAAUGUGAAAGAUCCCCCCCCUCCCCCGUCUGUUCUUAAUGUGCCUUUUUAGUGCUUUAAAAAAAAAAAAAAAAACCAGAACAUUACAAUUGAAAGACUAUUUCAGCUGUGAUGUCGUGCCACUCUUUUUUUUCCCCCCUCCAAAAGAUGCAGAAUGCAGGAAAAAAGUUCAAGGGUCAUGUGAUCUUGGAGUCACGGCAGUGUGGGCAUUUGUCAAAUUUUCCUGGUUGUACCUCUUUUGCCCUUGAGCAAGUAUACUUUUUUGGUACUGCAUUGGCAGAGGUCAGCGGAGUGUGUUCUCUCGAUCGCUUUGAACUUGGUGACAGUGUUUGACUUCAGGGUUUUUAGGCUUCUAGCAAGUCAAUCCACUGUAAAAAUGCCUGAAUAGGUUGUUUCAGCAGGGACAUGUUUGUGCAGCGCACCUCCUAGAAAAAUGUCAGUCACAGAUUAGUACAAGUCGGUGGUGAUUUGGGUUUAGCCAACCUGAGCGUGAGAAGCGUAGAGCUAGAGUUCCACAGAGAGUGCAGUGUUAUCGAUGUGAAAUUACAAAUGGGUCAUAUUAAAAACAAAACAAAAAAAAAAGUUGCCCUGGGCAUCUUGAGAUGGGUUGUCAGCAAUAACUAGGACUUGAUAGCAAUUCAUUUCCUGUGAGACAAAGUGGUCCUGGAGUUUGGAUGCAUGUCAUUUUAGCUGUUAAAUACUUGUAUGACAAUUUUGAGACUAGCUCACUACUUCGGUUUGUGGCUGUACUGGAGCAGUUGAAUAGCAUUUGGAAGGUGACAGGUUGUUUUGUAUUCAGUUUGUUCUCCCACCGGGAAGAUACUGUAACAUAGUGUUGAAUUCUUUAUUUAGGUAUUCCAGUGAUGGUAAAAUGUUUUCUUUUUGAAUUUAGUGUGCAUUUUGCAUCCUUAUUUGUAUAAAUAAAAAUGAAGAGUUUUUGAAGUUCUGUGAACAAAUAAGAAUGUUGUGGAUUGAUUGUGUUAAUUUAUUUAACGUUUAAUUUGAGAGUUCAAGGGGCAUUCAGGCUUCUCAGGAAGAUUCAUGUGAAAGAACUUAUUAAACUUCUCCAAAAUUGCA